AUGCAGUCCAUACGCCAGUACCGUGAGAUAGGACGUUACGUCGAACACACCCAUCACGAGGAGGACAACCGGUCCAAGGAAAAGCCUGAUGUUGUCAAGAAGCCCGGGCCGCCGUCCCUGUCCCUGCCCCUGCCCAACCUUGGUCCAGACAUCGAACGGCAGUGGAAGUCCGAUGUCGAGGGGCAGCUGCAAGGCUACUCGUCCUCCUGUGCCUCAAUCCGUUCCGAGAAGAGCAGCUACUACUCCGUCAACGACGACAAGUCCAAGCAAGAAGACGCAGACAGCAUCCGCUCCCUGUCCGACUCCGACAAGUCGAAACAGCAGGACAGCGGCUACGCCUCGACCAACGAGAAGGCGACGGUGCAAGUCACCCAAUCGUCGACGACGACAAGCAGCGACGUGAGCUCCGAGGACUUCGAGCCCACGGCCAUCCGUCUCUCCGCCCUCCGCCCCAAGUCCACGGCCCGCCCCAAGUCCACCGAGUCCAUCAUCAGCCACUUCUCCCGCCACUCGACCGGCCACGCCAUCGCCCAAUCGCACUUCUUCGAGACGCCGCGGACGGCGCCCGUGCCGCCCGAGGAGGAGCCCGAGAAGAUCAUCCCCGUCCACAGCGUCGGGCCGUCGGAUCCUACCAACCCGCGCCACUGGCCCCUCAAGCACCGCAUGGCCGCCUUUUGGAUUGUGGCGUGGCUCUCCUUCACGCAGACCUGGGCCGGCAGCGCGGAUUCGUCGUACACGGGCGCCGCGGCGGCCGCCCUGGGCGUCAGCAAGGUCGCGGCCUCGCUCAACACGGCCGGGUUCUCGAUCGGCAUCGCCGUCGGCUCGCUGUUCGUGGGGCCGCUGUCAGAGACUUUCGGCAGGUUCUGGUGCUUCUUCAUUGCCGGUUUCCUGUAUCUCAUGAGCGUCAUGGGGACGGCCCUCUCGAGAGAUUUGGUCGGGCAGGUGGUGUCGAGAUUGUUCGUCGGGCUGUUCUCGAGCGUGACGGGCGCGGUGAGCGGAAGCGUUAUGCACGAUGUGUUCGACGCGAAGGAGAGAAGCAUCAUGUAUCCUAUACUGGCGCUGAUGAAUACGCUUCCCACUGCGCUCGCACCGAUUCCAGGCGGCUGGAUCGUCGAGUACGGGAAAAGCUUUUACUGGGCUGACUGGAUCACCUUUGGUAUCAGUGUGCCGGUCUGGUUAGCCGCUGUGUUCUUCCUGCCGGAGACGUACUCUCCGCUCCUACAAAGCUGGAAAGCCGAACACCUGCGACGCGUGACUGGCGAUCCCCGGUACAGAAGCGGACUGGAGACGGGCGGCGGCCUCGGGUCCCGUCUCAAAGAGACGCUGCCCCGGCCUGUCAUAUUCUGGGUCCGCGAACCCGUCAUCAUCAUCCUGGGCAUCUACACGGUCGUGUUGAACGUCCUGCUUUUUGUCUUCCUCUCGGCAUUUGAGUUCAUCUUUGCGGAUACGUACGGCUUCAGCAGCGGCCAGACUACGCUGGUCUUCCUUUCGAUCGGUGCUGGCACCAUCUUCAGCACGAUGCUCACGCCCAUCUGGUACAAGCUUGACGUCAAGGCUCUGCACAAACGCCAAAUCAUCGACGGACCCGACGCCCCGUUCCCGCCCGAGUCGCGGCUAUGGCCCUGCAUGAUAGCAUCGCCGUUCUUCGCCAUCUGCAUCUUUUGGCUGGGCUGGACAAAUUAUCCGUCCAUCUCUCCCUGGUCCGGUAUUGGCGCGUGCUUUGUCUUUGGAUACGCCCUCAUCUCGAUCCAGAUAUCGAGCUUCCAGUAUAUCAUCGACAGCUACGGUCCGUACGCCGCCAGCGCGCUGGGAGGCGUCACCGUGGCCCGGUACGGCUUCGCUGCGGGCUUGAACGUCGCCUCGAGACCGAUGUUCGAGACGCUGGGCGUGCACUGGACACUGACGAUGAUCGGCACCAUUGCGGCUGUGCUGAUCCCGGCCCCUUGGAUCUUCUACAAGUAUGGCGCAAAGGUGCGGGCGCGUAGCAGGUACGCGAACUACGCUUGA